AUUUUCUCAUUUUCCACAAACUUUCUAAUUUUUCUUGACGAAACCCAAAAACUCUCCUCUACUUCUCAAAUCACUCUUCAAUGGCGGCUUCUUCUUCUUCGUCAUCUAUAUGUUUCAAGUCCACUGGAUUUCCCUCAGCACGACCGAUUUUUUCUCCGUCGCGUCUCUUCCCAGUCACCAACAUCUCCCCUCGCUCUCUACUUCUUAACGAUAGACGAUCCCUCUUGUCUUCCUCUGGUUCUCGCCUCCGAUUCUCUGCUCUCUGCGUGCAUGAUUCUAAAGCAACUGAAGUUACAGAAAGAUCGUGGGAGAACUCAGUCUUGAAAAGCGAAACCCCGGUGCUAGUCGAAUUCUACACGAGUUGGUGUGGUCCAUGCCGAAUGGUUCACAGGAUAAUAAACGAAAUAGCAGGGGACUAUGCGGGAAAACUAAACUGCUAUGUACUGAACGCAGACAGUGACUCGUUGGUGGCUGAAGAGUAUGAGAUAAAGGCAGUACCAGUAGUUCUGCUCUUCAAGAACGGGGAGAAACGAGAGUCCAUCAUAGGUACAAUGCCCAAAGAGUUUUACGUUUCCGCCAUUGAAAGAGUCUUGAACUCGUGAAGAAGGUAACACCAUCAUUGAUUAGAACUCUCUCUCUCACAAGCAUUUUUUUAUCAAGAUAUUGUUGGGAGAUUAAGAAAAUCGCUCCAUUUCGAUAUGGUAAAUAUCUCCUUGAGUCCUAAGGAAGAGUGUUUUGUCUCAAGUCUGAACCUCUAUGUUUUUGUCUUUCUUCCUUUUAGACUUUGUGAAUAUAACUGUUGGCUUUGUGGAAAGAUGGCUACAUGGAUUAUUGUGAAUAAUUUGAAUU